AGACGUUAUAAGUGUCCUUUGUGUGUCAAGUCAUUCUUUCGCUUAGAGCAUCGUACAAGACAUAUCCGUAUCCACACAGGUGAAAAGCCUCAUCAUUGCACAUACCCUGGGUGCCAGAAACGAUUCUCUCGUUCUGAUGAAUUGAUAAGGCAUGUACGUACACAU